AUGUCACAGAGAUUUGCUGAGUUCAUCUCCCGAAUUGCCAUACCCGCAGGUUUGGCUGUGGCUUUGGGCCAAUCGGCCAUUUACGACGUAGAAGGAGGCAAGAGAGCCGUUAUUUUCGACAGAUUGAAUGGGGUUCAGAAAGAUGUCAUUGGAGAAGGAACCCAUUUUUUGAUUCCAUGGUUGCAGAAGGCAAUUGUGUAUGAUGUGAGAACGAAGCCUAAAACCAUUGCCACCACGACUGGUUCCAAAGAUUUGCAGAAUGUCUCGUUGACAUUGAGAGUCUUGCACAGACCUGAAGUGUUGCAAUUGCCCAAGAUCUACCAGAGUUUGGGUUUGGAUUAUGAUGAAAGAGUGUUACCUGCCAUUGGAAACGAAGUGUUGAAGUCUAUUGUAGCCCAGUUCGAUGCUGCUGAGUUGAUUACCCAGAGAGAAGUCGUGUCAGCUCGUAUCAGACAGGAGCUUGCAAGAAGAGCUGAUGAGUUCAACAUCAAGUUGGAAGAUGUUUCAAUCACUCAUAUGACUUUCGGCAAAGAGUUCACUAAGGCCGUGGAACAGAAACAAAUUGCACAACAAGAUGCCGAGAGAGCCAAGUACUUAGUCGAAAAGGCUGAACAGGAAAGAAAAGCCAAUAUCAUCAGAGCCGAGGGUGAAGCUGAAAGUGCCGAAACUGUUUCCAAAGCACUUGCUAAGGCUGGUGACGGUUUGUUGAUGAUCAGAAGAUUAGAAGCCUCUAAGGAUAUUGCCCAGACAUUGGCCAACUCGCCUAAUGUAUCGUACUUGCCAAGUGGAAAGGGCAAUGCUGGUGAAGAAGGAUCCAAAAACUCGUUGUUGUUGAACAUUGGACGUUAG